AUGCCCGAGAAGAAAAUUUACAUCUUGAGCGGAGCUCGCACUCCGAUCGCCUCAUUCCGCGGAUCGUUCGCCAACUUCGGAGCCGUUGAGUUAGGAGCGCUUGCCGCGAAAGCAGCCAUUUCCCGAUCAGGCAUGUUCAUAACCUAGUUUCCCACUUUCUGACAGUACUUUUAUAGGAGUAGCUCCAGAAAAGAUCGAAGAAGUCAUCGGAGGAUGCGUCCUUUCUGCAGGGCUCGGUCAGAAUGUGACCCGACAGGUCGCGUUGGCUGCCGGACUUCCAGUUGCCACGCAGGCGGUUACCAUCAACAAAGUGUGCUCUUCGUCCAUGAAGGCCCUCGUUCUGGCCGCAGUAGAGAUCAAGGCCGGCUACUACGACACCAUUUUGGUGGUAGGAACCGAGAACAUGAGCCAAGUGCCAUUCUACCUGCCACGAGGAGAGAUUCCAUUCGGGGGAAUCAAAACGACCGACGGAAUUGCAAAGGACGGACUGGAAGAUAUCAAAGAGAAGCAGCCGAUGGGAUUAUGCGCCGAGAAGACGGCGAAGGACUACGGAAUAACGAGGGAAGAGCAAGACGCGUACGCCAUUGAGAGCUACAAGAAGGCGUCGGUUGCAUGGAGCACGGGAAGAUUCGCUGAGGAAGUGGUGCCAGUUACCGUCAAAACUGCUCGCUCCGAAGUGGUUGUGGCUGAGGAUGAAGAGUACAAGAAGCUGAUCGAGUCGAAGGUUUCCUCCUUGAAGCCAGUGUUCGUUCGCGAUGGAUCAGGCACCAUCACUCCUGCCAACGCUUCUUCCCUCAAUGACGGAGCCGUCGCUGCUGUCGUCGUCGGAGAGAACUCGAUCCCUCAAGGAGUGCAACCACUUGCCGAGCUCGUCGCUUUCGCGGAAGCCGGUAGAGAUCCGAUCGACUUCACUGUUGCUCCGGUUGAUGCUGUUCGGAAGCUCCUCCAGAAGAGUGGACUCAAGGUUUCGGAUAUUGCCCUCUGGGAGUUGAAUGAAGCUUUCGCAGUGACUGCUCUCGCUUUCAUCAAGGAGCUGCAGAUCGACCCGACGGUUUUGAAUGUGAAGGGAGGAGCAGUUGCCAUUGGACAUCCGCUUGGGUGAGUUCGACGUCCCUCUUCUCCAUAUAAUGCAUGCAUUUCAGAAUGUCUGGUCUCCGAAUCGUCAAUUCGCUGGCCUACUCCCUGAAUGCCGGACAAUUCGGAGUGGCUGCCAUCUGCAACGGAGGAGGUGAAGCGACGACCGUGCUGAUCAGAAGAUUAUGAAAGACAGUGAUAGAAUAGGCUGACUUUUCCGCCGAAUCCGGGCUCAUCAAUCAUUCCUUUACUAUUUUCUUACAUAUUCGUAUACCCCUGUAAUUUUUCAGUUCUGUUCCAUAAAUGUUUUUUUCAGUUCAGUAUUCAGAAUGUAGAAUAUAGUUGGACUACAUUUUUUCAAGUUCUUCAAGUUCUCAGGUAAAAUUUCAAACUUUCCUACACGUUUAUUCUGCUUUUUCGCGUGGUGUCACAUGGUGCUUCAUUUGCAGAUCGUAACCUGUGCCUCGUCAAAAAAAAACACUCGCGUGAACAAGAAUGGGGCCAUCUUACUUGUUGAUAAAAUCAGUGGAAGAUGGGUUUCUUAUUUAUUUCUAGCAAUAUUCGUUCAAGCGGAAGAAUCUUUAAUGACAGAAGGUGAGGUCGCGUCUUUCGUCGGCUGAAAACGAGACAUUCGUAGUGAAACACAUAGAUAACGGAACGGUUGAGUUGCCAAAAGGAAAAGUGGUCGGAUGCACGUGGCAAGUGGUUCGGAAGCUCGGCGAGGGCGGAUGCGGCAGCGUUUAUUUGGUGCGGAACCUUGAAGACGAUACGGAAGCGGCGAUGAAGGCGGAGUCGAACAAUGCGACCGGCGGAUGCGUGCUCAAACUGGAAGUGGCCAUUCUCAAGAGACUUUCCGGACGGCCACAUGUGGCACAGUUUCUGUUCGCGGCCAGACUCACAGACUUCAGCUACGUCAUCAUGACUGUUCUGGGAGAGAGUUUGCAGAAAAUAGUCAAGUGAAAAAGGUCCAAGUACACCCGGAACGCUUUCUGAUUGCAGGAGAAUGGGACGACAGAUCACAGUGUCUUCGCAAGUGAGAAUCGCCGCGAACGUGCUCUUCUGUCUCAAGCAGAUCCACGACAUCGGCUUCAUCCAUCGGGAUUUGAAGCCUGCCAACAUGGCGCUCGGAUACAAAAUGAACACGGACGAGUGCCGUUUCUUCCACAUUCUCGACUUCGGACUCGCUCGGCAAUUCGUCGUCUCACAAUCCGAUGAGCCGAGCAAACUGAUGAUGAGAAGACCGAGGGAAAGGUCUCUUUUCAGGUUGAACUGUAUUUCCAGACUAAAGAGAAGUGAUGAGCUGAUUGCAGAGGAACAACUCGUUACUGCUCGAUACGGAUGCAUGACCGCGCGGAGCAGGGAAGAGUCGACGACCUUUGGAGCAUGAUUUACUUGCUCGCGGAGUUGAGAGGGCCGCUCCCAUGGGCAUCUCAAGGGUUCGCAGACGGAAGCAGUUCAAUGUCGCAUCAUUUGUUUUCAGGGACAAGCGAGUGGUUGGCGAGAUGAAGAGACUGCACUCUGACGAAGUCGUCCUUCAGAACAGCCCAAUGGAAUUCCUCGAAAUCGCCAAACAUUUGAGGUUACAGUAGCUCGUGUAUACUUCUGUAUUUGUUUGGUUUCAGAUGCUUGACCUAUUUCCAUAGACCCGAUUACCACAAGAUCUACAUGUUGUUGAUGUCAGUUAUGGAGAAGGGAAAGUUCACGUGGAGCGAUCCGUUCGAUUGGGAGAUGCCGUUAGAGCCGUUUGAGUGGAUCCAUCUAAUCUUCCCUCAUUUCAGAGCUCUCAACCCGACUUCGAAGAGUACCUCGGCCUCUCCGGUUCAAUUGAGUCGAGAAGUGGUCAAAAAGACGCAGAGUCGGGAGACGGACAAGCUGAGCAAGGAGAAUCCGAGUAAGGAAGACGUGAGGACGGCGAAGACUAUGAGCAAGGAGAAGCUGAGCAGGGAGAAUCUCAGCAAAGAGCGGACGAGCAAGGAGAGUGUGAACGGCUCGGCGGAGAUCGUCAACGGAUCGGCGGAGAGGGCGGAGGAGGAGCAGAAGCGAGAGAAGUACAUGAAGAUUCUGCCGUUCGAUCCUGAUUUCUUCGCUUUGGAUCCCAUCGGAUUCUGA